AUGGAUGCAGCCAAAUCACCGCCAUCGUACUCGUUCAGGUCAAAGAAGUGCGAAGCGAUUACCCAUCCUAUCGGAUCUGAAGGCGUGGAGAGCUCCCAAGACCGACCCGAAUCCAUUGAGGGUGAAAACGUCUGGGAAGCCGAUGGAUUCCACGAGGCGGUUGAACAAUCUUUGCACGACGAUGUCGAUCGAAGAAAUCAGGGAGGCGGACAUGGAGCUCCAGGGAUGCAGAUCCGACCCAUCAGAAGAUUUGAUUUAGGGUUUAGCAAAUUUGAUUUGUUGUUGUCGGAUUUCCACCGAUGUUUUAGCAGCUGA